AAACAUUAUUUUUUUUUAAAUUAUUUUUCAGUGUAGUUCUAUGGUAUAAAAUUAACAUCUGGUACCACCUAAAACAUCAAAACAAACUCCACGUGCGUUAGCAAUUGAGUGUUGUUAUAUUUUGUAUGAGUGUAUUUUUAAAAGAAAAAUAUUAAAAAUUAAAUUUAAUAAAAUGACAAAGUUUAUGUCUUACUACAACUUGUUUAUGCUUUCGGAACCGAAAGAGUUAAUAGGAAUUGAUGCUGAUAGAGAUGAUGGACAUAUUAUCGUAACACUUGGAAAAAGUAUGGUGAUGAUAAUAAAGAUUAGCACUCAAAAAAGCGUACGCAGCUGGUUAAUUUCGGAAAAACUGUCUGCAAAAGUUGUCUACGAUCGUCAAAGUGAAAAGUACGUCGGUGUAUUUGGAAAUCGUGUAAUACGGUGUUGGGAUGCUAACAUUACUGAUGUUACGAAAUGUAAACGACUAAAGUUUAAAAAAAGUAUUGCAGAUCUUCUAACGGUAGAUAAUGAUACUUUCGUACUUUACAGCGAUGGAUCAUGUGAAACGCUCUCCAAAGCUAUAAAUUCACGUAAAAAUGAUAUAGAAUCAGGUCCAUUACAGAUAGAACUCUCUGUUACCUAUACAUUUAGUGGUGCUUCAAUUUGGAAUUUAGAAGAUUCGAAAAUACUUACUUAUUUUAAGCAUAAUAAUGUAAAUGGAAAUUUGGAAUUAAUAAGACUUGAUCUCGAGAAUAAUAAUAUAGUAACCUACAGCAUAAACAGAACAGAUGAAAAUGUUAAAAUUGCUGGUUAUAUUGUUUUUGAUGAAGAUGAUGGCCCAACGUUAUUAACUAUAUGGUCUGACAGGCGCAUAUUUUUACUUAAUCUUCAAGGUACAGAACCGGAAAAAUCCCCUGGUGAUUUUGUUGCACUACUUACAGAACUACAACUUGAAAAGCCGAUUUCUUUGGUAAAUGUGUCAAGGAAUUUUAUAGCUAUUUAUGGAGCAAACAGUAGUAAAGAUGGUGGCUUUUUACUACUAUAUAAUACAAAAUUUAAAGUUGUCAAAGGUAAACAAUUUUUCAAAAUUUAUUUUGAUGUCUCAAGGCUUUGGAAAAUAAAAGAGCAUCUCCUCUUGGCAAUGGGCCAAAAUUUGUCCGUCAUUUCGUAUCAGAUGUCAAAAGAUGUUCUCGCAGACUUAAUUGGUUCACAAAUUAGUAACGAUUAUACAAAACUAGCUGAAUAUGACUUUAAUGAAGAAGAAUCUUUCCACGAGGGUUUAACUUUGGAAGAACAAUUCAUCCAGAAUGGAACUGGAGUUAAUUUUGCUAAAAAUAUGAAUCAUUUCGACAUGCCUAAAGCUGAUGGCCAGAGUACUGCAUAUGAAUCUGUUUCUAAUUUUAACAAUACUAUUAACGAAUUAUCAAGACUACAUUUACACAUUGAUGUUUUAGAAAUUGAUCGGAAUCUCAAUGAAAGAAAAAUUAGCCUUAUGAAAAAUUAUAAUGAUGAUGGCUUUGUUAAUUGGCAUGUUCAAACUAUAGCAAAUCGAUUGGAACGUAGCGGUGCAAGUGAAUAUGAAGUUACUGAAAAACUUCUUACUUAUUUAAUAAAGGCAGAUCUUCUACAAGAUAUUGCAGUAUGUUUAAGACGUUAUAACAAUUUAUCAGAAAAAAUUCUUGCGCGAACGUUAUCCUAUUUGCUAGAAAAAUUUACUCCAGCAGAAAAUCAAAGUCAAAACGAAAAAAAAACAAAUGACAGUACAGAACAAAUGGAAGUAGAUUUACCAGAAGCAUUGGAUAAUGGUACUACGAUUGCAGACAUACCAAACUUUAAUAUUUGUGAACAAAAAUUUCAGAGAAUUAAUAGGAAAGUCAAAGUUGUUGACGUUUUAAAUACGCUUCUUUUAUGUACAUUUGAUACCGAAGCGAUUGUUGUGCACUUACGUCAUGAAAUUGACUAUCCGAAACUUUUAAAAGUCUUUGUCCAUUUGUACAAUUUAUUUACUAGUAAGGAAACAGUAUUUGAAAAGCAUAGCAGCUAUCUGCCACAAUCAAUUUAUGUCGAAAUACAAAUUAUACGUUGGCUCAGUGUAUUUCUUAGCUCACACUAUCAAAACUUGGUUCUAUCAAAAGAUGAAAAUAUGUUAAAUAUACUUGUCAAUUGGAGUACUUUAGCUAGUAACUAUAUUCGCCAAGCUGAAGACUUAAAUGAACUUCACUGUCUUAUUAAUGAUUUAUUGGAUUGUAAGAGUUCAUAUACUGAAAAUAAUUUAAAUACAUGGUAUUCGAUAGAGGAAGUAAAUUUAUUUUAA